AUGGAAAUCUCAAUAGCCAUUCCAGCCGGAGCCAAGUACCGCAUUUUACGCGACCCGCACUGUUUACCCCGGGUGCCGCGAAGCAUCGCCAACGAGGUGGCCCAAGAAAAGCAGAUACAACGACGCAGACGGUUGAGUGAAGAUAUCCUAAACAGCAGAAGAGACAAGAUCCACUUUGACCGAAGUCUACGAAUUCCCGAGUGGAAGGAGUACAGAUCUUCGGCCCACGAUACCCCGGCCCAAACUCCGCCGCGACGCGGCUCCGACUCGGCCAUUUCAGACUUUUCGCCACCUUCUCACGACGACAUCCGCAAGGUGUUGCUGGGCAGUCCCAAUCAACCCCAGACCAGCAACAUGUUCUUCCCCUCCAUCAUGCAGGAGCGAGAACCGAGCUUCCAGGACAAGGUGCGGUUUCGAAACCGGUUCUGGAAGCAACCUGCACCCGGGAGCCGAACACGUGACUUUUACACCAACAGAAACGGACAGAAAUGGCAGGGCCACCCGGGCUGGCACCGGCUACUGAGACGCCAGUAUGCGUUUUGGGGUCUGGACCGGUGCUGGCGAGAAGAACGCAGCCAGUUUCUGCAGGACAAGCGGCGAGAAACCGCCUUCAACAAGCAGCAGAAACAUCGUAGAACAACAAUUUAA